GAUUAUUUAGAAGAGGAAUUAAAAAAAGAUGAAAACAAUUGUGAAAUCAUUUGGAGAUUAGCAAGAGGUUAUUUUAAUCAAGCAGAUUGUGAAAAUGAAAGGGAUAUUAAAGUUCAAUAUAUUAACAAGUCAUUAGAAUUAGUUAAUAAAGGUUUAGAAAUAGAUCCAAAUAAUGCAGAUUUAUUAAAGUGGUGGGCUGUUACAACAGCUGGGUUGGGAGAUUAUAUUACAGCUAAAGAAAAAGUUGCAAAUGCCCCUAAAAUUAAAGAAUAUGCAUUAAAGUCAUUAUCUAUAAAACCAAAUGAUACUGUUGCAUUGUUUGUAUUGGGUAAAUGGGCAUUCUCUGUUGCAUCGAUUUCAUGGAUCGAGCGUACUUUAGCUAAUACUUUGUUUGGUGCUGUCCCCAAUGCUACUUUUGAAGAGGCUCUUCAAUAUUUUUUAGACGUAUACAAGUAUGACCCAACAUUUAUUCGUAAUAUUGUUUCUAUAGGAGAUACUUAUUUAAAACUAUCAAAUAUCGAAAAAGCUAAAGAAUACUUUUUAAUUGCCGCUUCAAUGACCCCCAAAUCUCAAUUUGAAGAGAAAUUCGUUCAAGAAGCAAAA